UUUUUUUUUUUUUUUUUUUUUUUUUUGAUUUUUGUUUGUUUGUUUUUAAAGGCUCCAGGGUAUGGUGAUUCAUCUUGCUAUAUGAAGUGCGGUUUCACUAUGCUAAGUGCUUUCUUCUUUUAAAAUAACCUGAAAGUAGUGGCUUAAAGCACAUGGAGACCAUUAAUUUAGAGAGACUAAAGUAUUUACAUGGGAGAAAAGAGUAUUCCUUCUUAUUAAAUAUUUAUCUCGCAAGACCUCAGUGGGUCAUCAUCAGACAGUACAUGUUUAAUUCUGUUCCUUCUGAGAUGACAUUUUUAAAGGCCUUUCAAGUAAUUAUUAACACUAUGUUGGAUUACCAAAUUGACUAGAUUUGUUCUGUAAUUGGUAUAUUUUAAGUUCUAAUAUCAGUUUGGUGUUUAGAGGUUUUUUUUUUGUUUUUUUUUUUGUUUUUUUUACCUUCAGAAAUGGAGUGUGAAUAUUUAUAAAUCUGUUCUAAGUUUAUUUCAAAAGCCAUGUACCCUAUUUAGUGCUGCCGUCUUCCAGCACUUGGGCACAGAUGGUUAACAUAGCAUGUGGGCUAUGUUACAGAAGGUUUCCAUUGCAGGUGUGGCUUAUGAAGUCACUGAAUCUGGGACUCUUGAACAAAGAAAAGGUGGAUUUUUCCUUUUUGUUAUACAGUGCUAGAGAAAGCAUUGCUUUUUAUUGACAUGACUGGAUUAGUUCUUUACUAAGCAAAUGUGGCUCUAAAGUAAUGUUACCAAAAACACAUAAUUAUAAAUAACAAGAGACUAGAUUCCAACACCCAUCUGACUAACUGCAAAGUCCAUGCUGUUUCCAGUUCCCAAUUUUACCCCUCAAAAUGUGGAAGACAAAGUUCUGUUGAAGCUUUGGAGAAGUCUCUCCUACCAUGGGAUCUCAGUGGUUGGUGGAGAUUGUUGGUUCUAAUGGGAGGAAACUUUUAUAAUUACAGGAAGGUUUGAAUAGUUGUUAUAUUGAGUACUUUGAAGGGAGAGAGAGAAAAGCAAAUAGCAUCAUAUUUGCUAAUUAUCAGGUGAUGGCAGCAGUACUCUAGGAUUUAUUUGUCCAACUAUAAGCUAUCAACUUGAAAUUAAGGUCUUUGAGAGGCUUUAUCCAUAUUUUGAGGGGCGAAAUAGGGAAUUGGAAGCAGCAUGGACUUUGAAGUUAGAUCUAUGUUGAAAUCUAGUCUCUGCCAUUUACAGUUGUGCAUUUUUGGUGACUUCUUAUGCUACUCAUAUGGGGGAGGGUGGCUGUUAGGAGGAUCAGAUCCUCUAACCUGUCAGCAUAGUAUUGAGCUUAGAAUAGCAUGAGUAAUCAAUAAGUAGAGAUGAUAUUACUGCUUCAAUGAUAUUGUUGUUUACGGUACUUUUGAGAAUUUGCUUUGGAAUUGACUUUAGUAUUAUUUUGAGAUAUCUUUACAGGCAUUCAGCGUUCUAUAUUUUUGAUCCAAAAUGGUAUUACUGAGCUGAACAGCUCUUCUCGUGGCCUAAAAUAAUUUUGGCUGUUUCUUACAAAUUAAAUCCACCCUCAGAAGAGGAAUUUUGCUACUCAGUAGAAUAGAGAAUGUACUAUAAGAUCUUUGGGCAGUCACAAAACACAAGUUCCAGAAAUGUGUGGAGCAGUGGCAGUGCUGUUGCCACAAAUGCAUAGACUGUAAAAUAGAAAACACUUCUAGGAUAUAGAAGUUUUGUCACUUAAAAAAAUACAAAGCCAUCUUUACUCUGAGACCUUGAGGGUCUGCCACUUGUUGCCUUGGUCAUGACUGUGGUCCAGGGUUUAGCUGCACGUGCCCUUUGGUUUCGGCAGAGAAGCCUUAAAACCAGGAUCUAUGACUGAGGAACAUUUUGUCAAUAGGAUUGAAAAGUUAAUGGAUUAAAAUGUCUUAACUUUUAAAGACAGAGAUUUACUAAUCUGUUAUCUAUUCACCAGGAUGUCCUGCCCUAGGAUACAGUAAAAUUUUAGAUAAAAGAGCUAUAACCCCUCUGAAAAAUGCCCUUCACUUAUGUCUGGAAAGCAAAAGACACUAUAGACCAGAGACCAAAAAAAUACCAGCCCCUGAAGAUACAGAAAACAGAUUCCUUAUUUUCUACUCUCUGACUUCUGCAAUUUUGCCAAAGUAUUUUGUUUAUUUAUUCCUCUCAGAACUGCAGAAUUACUUUUGGUAGAAUAACAGGUUUCUAUGUCAUUUGCUUAUAAGAUGUGACUUAUUAAGGGAGAAGGGAGGCACUGGAAGCCUUGAGUCAUUCAGCAAGUGUUUACUGAGCACCUAGACUGGGAAAUGAAAGUGUGAUUACACUUACACAAUGGAGGUCUACAACUCUACAAUUCAACUAUAAAUGUUGCGUUGAACUUUCCAAAUAAGAUAGAUGAUUUCAACUCUGUUUUGCAUUGAGAUUACCCCUAUUUUCGCCACUAUGCCCAUUGCAACUAAGAAACACCAGAGCUGCCUCCACCGUGCUUACUAACCUGUGUGUCCCUGGGUGAGCUUGUGCCUCUCCAGGUCAUUAGCCCUUUGAAGGGUAUUAACCUUCCAAACAGCCACUGAUUCCAUUGUGGUUGCCAAAAGCAAGGCACAGGGACAACGCACAUCUGUCAAAUACCUGACAGAUGUCUCUUCCAAUUUCGGUGAUCAAACAAGCGCUGAACUAAGUAUAGUAAGGCAGGAUUAGUCCAUUCCUGCCCCUUUCUAAGUAUCACCCUAGAGAGCUAAUUCCCUCUAAGCCAUUAGCUUUUUCAUUUAAAAGCAAAAGCAUUGCGGGCUGCAGUGCUCAUACCUGUAAUCCAAGCACAUUGGAAGGAUGAGGCAGGAGGAUCACUUGUGCGCAGGAGUUCAAGACCAGCCGGGGUAACAUGGCGAAAUCCCAUCUUUACAAAAAAUAUAAAAAUUAUCUGGGCAUAGUAGUGUGUGCCUUUAGUACCAGCUACUCAGGAGGCUGAAGUGGGAGGAUCACUUGAACUCAGGAAGUCAAGGCUACAGUGAGCCUUAAUCAUGCCACUGUGCAACAGCCUGGGUGACACAGUAAGACUAUGUCUCAAAAAAAGCAUUGAACCAAAAUUAUAAUAAUAUAAUAAUAUUCCCAAACAAUAAAAGAUUUAAACUUGCCUGAUAAAUUUUCAAACUACCUCUCCCUCCUUGGAGAACUACUGGCCCAUAGUACUUCCAACUCUAGAAUCCUGUGUUCCAUGUCAGCUUCUAUCUAUAACAAUUAUGACCUAGUUAGAGCCCCAAGGAAAAUUGGAAUGACAGAAGUUACCCUUUCAAUGAAUUGUAGUAUAAAUUACCCAAACUCUAUUUGGCAACCUUUAUAGCCAAAUGUUAAAUUUUUAAAUAACAUUCUUAAUUCUAAAUGAACUAGAAUUUCUUGUUCCUCCUGAACUUGCCAAAUAAACACAUUUCAAAUGUUAGAUGAACAGAAGCCUAAACCAGAAAUCACUCCAGGCAACUGAGUUUCCAUACCCUUGGAAAUUGUUUUUUCUGUGUUUUUUUUUUUUUAUUUGAUACAUUUGAUUUAAUUUGGUUUACACCUUUUCCCUAUUGAAACGUGACUUUUAAAAAUUAUCCUCCAUGUAUGAUUGGCUUAAAGGCUAAAUCAGAAAACAAGAAUGAUCUGGGCUAUGACAUUAACCUUCUCCACCCUCUGAAGCUGAUGCCGGAAGCUGUUCUCACUCCUUCCCUCUGCUUGCAUGUCCAGUCAUUCCCUUCCUCCUGGCAUGUUGUGCAGGAUGCUCACCUUACUAAUGUUUGCAUAUGACACUGCGAAACUGAUUGACUUUUUGCUAACAUCAGUAGAGUAGCUGUAUGAAUACCGGUCUGUUCUGUCUUAACCAUUAUUUAACCUCUUAACUAAACAUUACCUUUUUUAUCAUUGUCGGGAAUUUCAGAUGAACAAUGUAGUCUCAUGGUGAAGUCUUAUUUUUCACACAUUUAGGCAGGAUUUAUUAAAAUAAGCUUGUCUGUGUGUUAGACAACAUUGGAAAUGUUAGUGAAGAUGUAAAAUGUAUUUACAGUUUUAAAAUACUUGGUAUUUAUAAAGCAUUUUUCUUCUGUAAAGAUUUUUAAAAUAUAUUGCAGACCUCUAAGAAAAUAAGGCAACUGAUAUAUCUUCUGUAGUUCUGUAUAAGACGACCCUUCAGUGGUCUAAAGAUGGAAAACAAAUUGAAGAAAAAAAUUUGUCUUUCAGAUAACUUAUUAAAAAUAGGGUUUCCCAGGAAAUUACAGCUGCAAUUGAGUAUUUCUGUAUAAAGCAGUUGAAAAAUAUAUUUAAACUGUCUUCUCCCCACAAAAGCCUAGAUUUAUGGUGAAAAAAGAAAAAUGUAAACAAAACCCAAAAGAAUAGCAAGCCAUUUACAUGUAUUGGUAUUCAUAAAAGAAUAUCAAUAACCAAGACCCCUUGGAUGAGAUCUAAAGAGAGAAUGAAAGAGAGAGAGGCUGAGUAUGAGCCCCAUUCCCUCCUGUUCCACAGAGGACUGUAGUGCGAUGCCUUCAUAUUGCCUGUGUUUGCUUUGCAGUCGAGGUUUUAUACCUUCGUGUUUAUAAUUUCUCUGUUUAUCCAUUUCUAAUAAGUACUGAUUUAAUUUUUGUGGGCCUGUUUUUUGUUUGUUUGUUUGUUUUUAAGAAAAUACAAAAGGUAAAAUGUACCAGAGAGGAGCCUUCUUGUAAGUAUGAAGUAAAAAUACUACUUUUGUAAGAAGAGCUAAUGAGUAUCAGUAGGAAAAUAUCAUAAAGUUUAGAUAAAUAUUGAAUUUUAUGAGCAUUUUGAUUUUGUAUGUCACUACAUAUAGUCCUAAUAGGAUUAAAAACAAUAAAUUAUUCAUAGACCCAAAUAAUUGAUUAUAAAGAUAAAAUAUCCAGCUUUUUAUAAGCAGUGUAGUUUCAUUUGUAUAAUUGGCUUUGUUUUGCCUUUUUUAAUAAAUAAUUUUUAAAUACUGAGAAGUUCCUUUGAUAUGUACUUUGAAAAUAUUUAUUAAGAUAAUUUAAGGCCAAUAAUUUAGCAUUUAAUCAUAAGAAUUGAGUAUUACAUAUGUGUAUUAAUAUGACACUUAUAUGCCUAGAAUAAUUAUGCUGAUACCAAUGUACAGAGGGUAUAAAACAUCCAUCUGUUGUAUCUUACUAAAGGGAUAUUACCACGUAUCGUAAUCAGGUGGCCAUUCUGCCUUGUAUUCCACUGCUAAGAAAGGAUGUACAGGCUGGUCACCCUCCCUAACCCCUUUGCUAAUGAGUGGUGGUCCUGCCCCCCUGGCUGGCAGGCCCACCCUUCUUCAGCAAGCUGCUGCCCAGGGAAAUGUCACUUUAUUAUCAAUGCUGCUUAAUGAAGAAGGACUGGACAUUAAUUACUCCUGUGAAGAUGGCCAUUCUGCCUUGUAUUCUGCUGCUAAGAAUGGACAUACAGACUGUGUGAGAUUGCUGCUGAGUGCAGAAGCCCAAAUCAAUGCUGCUGAUAAAAAUGGCUUCACACCCUUGUGUGCUGCAGCUGCUCAGGGACAUUUCGAGUGUGUAGAAUUAUUAAUUGCAUAUGAUGCUAACAUUAAUCAUGCUGCUGAUGGAGGACAGACACCUCUAUACCUGGCCUGUAAAAAUGAAAAUAAAGAAUGUAUUAAACUCUUGUUGGAAGCCGGAACCAAUCGAAGUGUAAAAACCACAGAUGGCUGGACACCAGUUCACGCAGCUGUGGACACUGGUAAUGUGGACAGCCUCAAGCUUCUUAUGUACCAUAGAAUACCAGCUUGUGGAAAUUCUUUCAAUGAGGAGGAGUCCGAGUCAGGUGUCUUUGACUUGGAUGGAGGAGAAGAGAGUCCUGAAGGCAUAUUCAAGCCUGUUGUUCCUGCAGACCUCAUUAACCACGCCAACAGAGAAGGCUGGACUGCUGCCCACAUUGCUGCUUCCAAAGGUUUUAAGAACUGCCUAGAAAUCUUGUGUAGACACGGAGGGCUUGAGCCAGAAAGGAGAGACAAGUGCAAUCGGACUGUGCAUGAUGUUGCCACUGAUGACUGCAAGCAUUUGCUGGAGAAUCUGAAUGCUCUUAAAAUACCCUUAAGGAUUUCGGUGGGUGAGAUUGAACCAAGCAACUGUGGUUCUGAUGACUUGGAAUGCGAAAACACAAUAUGUGCUUUAAAUAUCCGCAAACAGACAUCAUGGGAUGAUUUUUCAAAAGCAGUGAGUCAAGCUCUGACAAAUCAUUUCCAAGCAAUCUCUUCUGAUGGAUGGUGGAGUCUGGAAGACGUGACUUGCAAUAACACCACCGAUUCCAACAUCGGCCUCAGUGCAGCAAGCAUACGAUCCAUCACGCUAGGAAAUGUGCCAUGGUCAGUGGGUCAGAGCUUCACGCAGUCCCCGUGGGACUUUAUGAGGAAGAAUAAGGCAGAGCACAUCACUGUGCUUUUGUCAGGUCCUCAAGAGGGCUGCCUCAGUAGUGUGACUUAUGCCUCCAUGAUCCCUCUCCAGAUGAUGCAGAACUAUCUCAGGCUGGUUGAGCAAUAUCAUAAUGUCAUUUUCCAUGGCCCAGAAGGAAGCUUGCAAGACUACAUAGUACAUCAGCUUGCACUCUGCCUGAAGCACAGACAAAUGGCUGCAGGAUUCUCCUGUGAAAUAGUGAGAGCUGAAAUAGAUGCUGGUUUUUCCAAGGAACAGCUGCUAGAUCUGUUCAUCAGUAGCGCUUGUCUGAUUCCAGUGAAACAAUCUCCCAGUAAGAAGAAAAUCAUCAUCAUUUUAGAGAAUUUGGAAAAAUCUUCAUUGUCUGAGUUAUUGAGGGACUUUUUGGCACCUCUUGAAAAUCGCAGCACUGAAAGCCCCUGCACUUUCCAAAAAGGAAAUGGAAUGUCCGAAUGUUAUUACUUUCAUGAGAACUGCUUUCUGAUGGGAACCAUCGCCAAGGCCUGUCUCCAGGGCUCCGACUUGCUGGUGCAGCAGCAUUUCCGCUGGGUGCAGCUGCGGUGGGAUGGCGAGCCCAUGCAAGGACUGCUGCAGAGGUUCUUACGAAGGAAAGUUGUGAAUAAGUUCAAAGGUCAGGCGCCCUCACCCUGUGAUCCUGUGUGCAAGAUUGUCGACUGGGCUCUGUCCGUCUGGCGUCAGCUUAACUCCUGCCUGGCUCGCUUGGGCACACCUGAAGCACUUCUUGGACCAAAAUAUUUCCUGUCUUGUCCUGUAGUUCCUGGACAUGCCCAAGUGACAGUGAAGUGGAUGUCUAAGCUGUGGAAUGGCGUCAUCGCGCCCAGAGUUCAAGAAGCAAUAUUGUCAAGAGCCUCUGUGAAAAGACAACCUGGCUUUGGACAGACAACUGCUAAAAGACACCCUAGCCAAGGACAGCAGGCUGUGGUCAAAGCUGCUCUCAGCAUCUUGCUAAAUAAAGCCGUACUGCAUGGCUGUCCCCUCCCCAGAGCAGAACUAGACCAGCAUACAGCUGAUUUCAAAGGAGGAAGUUUCCCUUUAUCCAUAGUUUCCAGUUAUAACAGUUGUAACAAAAAGAAAGGAGAGAGUGGUGCCUGGAGAAAGGUGAACACCAGUCCUCGCAGGAAGUCUGGCCGCUUCUCUUUACCCACCUGGAAUAAGCCAGACCUAAGCACCGAAGGUAUAAAAAACAAGACUAUAUCACAGCUGAAUUAUAACAGGAAUGUUUCUCUGUCAAAACAAAAGUCUUUAGAGAAUGAUCUGUCACUGACGUUGAAUUUGGAUCAGAGACUCUCUCUGGGUUCGGAUGACGAAGCAGAUCUUGUCAAGGAACUUCAGAGCAUGUGCUCCAGCAAGUCUGAGUCUGAUAUCAGCAAGAUUGCUGAUUCCAGGGAUGAUUUAAGGAUGUUUGAUAGUUCUGGAAACAACCCUAUACUUUCAGCAACUAUUAAUAAUCUGAGAAUGCCAGUGUCACAAAAGGAGGUCAGUCCUCUCAGCAGCCAUCAAACUACUGAAUGCAGCAACAGUAAAUCAAAGACUGAGUUGGGUGUCUCAAGAGUUAAAUCUUUUCUUCCUGUUCCUAGAAGUAAAGUCACCCUGUGUUCCCAGAACACCAAAAGAAGCAGCAGCAGCAGUAAUACAAGGCAAAUAGAAAUCAACAACAACUCAAAAGAAGAGAAUUGGAACUUACACAAAAAUGAACACCUAGACAAACCUAACAAAUAGGCCUGCCUACAAUAUUCUCACUAUUAACUUCCUCUAUUUCACACAGAAACCAAGGACAACAAGAUAUAAAUACCUUUAAAUGGAUAAAAUGUUUUCACUGUAAUAUAAGUUAUGAGUGCGGGACCACUAUUCAAUUUUUUUUGUAAAGAAUGUAUUUAUAACCAACAUUUUGUUGCUUUUUUUUUUUUUUUAAUUCCGUAGGAUUGAACUUCGAUACCAAGAAGUUAUGCCAACUUUUCAAGUAGUUUUAUAAUAGAAAAAAUUGUAAUAGUUUUAACCAAGAUGUUCAGGGGUAUUAAAACAGAACUGUGUACUGUAUAUCUGUAUAUAUGUAUAUAUGUAUGUAUAUUUAAGGAAGUCCACAAAUCAUACUACAUACAUGCUACAAAAUGUAUAACUUUGGCUUAGAUAACAUGUACCAUUUUAAAUGGAGAUCAUAAUUUUAUGUUCACUUGAUGGGGAAUGACUAGAAUGGGGCAAUAACAAAUCAUUUCUAAACAGUUAUUUUCCAUUAAAAGCCAUAUUAAGUAUUUUGCUUGUUAAAUUCUAGUUUUAUGUUUUAAAUCUUAGUAGUUACAUUGCCAUUUGGUAGCAUCAUGUAUAUAUUUAUGCUUAUGAGUUUGCAUUAUGACUCCUGUAAAAUAUGAAAUUAUAAUGCAAUAAAAGUGUUAUCUUUCUUACAAAAGUUUUGUACCUAAGUGGAUAUAAAUAACUGCAUAAAUGAAUAAAUUAAUUCAGAAUUAACUCCUUCAAUAUUAUUUCUAGUAGCACAACUGAUAAUAAAAUUGAUAUUUUCUACAAGUGUUACUACUAAAAUUACAGACAAAAUUACUUAUACAACUCAGUUAAGAUGCUUUGACACUGAAUAAAAUAUUGAUUUAGUGAAAUCA